GUUUUUGUGCAGAAAUUCCGAGACAUUCACCUUAAAUCUUAAAGGACAGAGAGAGAGAGAGAGAGGCUCAUUCAUAAAGCGCUGAAGUGCUCCUGCCAGCGCAGUGUUGCAUUUAUUUCUACUCACCAGCAAAACAAAAAAGGACAUCACCUUAAAAGGAGGAAUGCCGAUGCAAAAAAAAAAAUAGAAGCAACUUAUUUAUGAGCCAAGAAGUCAAUUUCUGCUUUAGGUUUUUUUUUCUUGAAGUUUAAAGACAAAAACUUUAUAAAGGUUUUGUGUUAUCUGGCGCAGAGUCAUCUUCGGGGGCGGGCGAUUGCUGCACGAAGUUUCACGUUGGACUGGAGUCUCUAUUUCUGUGCGCUUUGAAUUUUGGUCAGGGGAUUAUAUAUGUGGUGUUUGCACGUCUCAAACCACAGAAGAGCCACAAGGCUAACCGAGCUACAAAACCACGCUGCCCCCAAAAAUAAAAGAUCUAGAAAGAGAAAGCUGCGAGAAUUAUUCAUUGGCUGUGGAAGGGGAAAAAAGUAACUUGGAAUAAUUUGCCAAGCGAGCUGCUGUGCUGGAUAAAAUCACCGUGCAUUUUCUUUUUUUUUUGUUUUGUUAAAGAAAGUCGCCUCUUCGUACUUUUUUUUACUUUACUCGAUAGUCUGCACCGACAGUUUCGGCUAACAUCUCCUCGAUAUGCAGUGGCAGAGCCGCCGUCUAUCAGAACCGUGGCCCGGGACUGCAAAGUAAAAGGGGGUCCGACAGCAAGACGUCUACAGGUGGACAGUUUAACCCGCGUCUGGUCGAACUGAUCGCACGCCUACGCCUGGGUGCUUGCGGCCGAAACUAGCGCCGGAGACUCGAGCGAAACCUUCACCUCUCCAGAGACUGUGGGUCGCAGGUGGAUUGAGGGAGGGAGAGAGACAGAGAGAGAGAGACAGAGAGAGAUCCUCGCACGGACCAAGUUGCAGCCCGGUGUUUUGAGAAUUUUUGUCUUUGAGAUUUGCUAAGCUUUGUUGUGAUGCGUAUCCCUGUAGAUACCAACACCAGCCGCCGGUUCACGCCGCCUUCCACCACGCUCAGCACGGCGAAGAUGAGCGACCCUCUCCCGCUGGCGCCGCCGGACAGCGCUCUCGGCAAACUGAGGACGGCCGAUCGCAGCAUGGUCGACGUGUUGGCCGAUCACCCAGGAGAGCUGGUGCGGACCGACAGUCCAAACUUCCUCUGCUCCGUCCUACCCACGCACUGGAGAUGUAACAAGACCCUUCCUAUCGCAUUUAAGGUGGUUUCCCUGGGAGACGUUCCCGACGGGACUCUGGUCACGGUCCUGGCCGGCAACGACGAGAACUACUCGGCAGAGCUGCGCAACGCCACGGCCGUCAUGAAGAACCAGGUCGCCCGUUUCAACGAUCUGCGAUUCGUCGGCCGGAGUGGACGAGGGAAGAGCUUUACGUUGACCAUCACCGUGUUCACAAACCCUCCUCAAGUCGCCACUUACCACCGGGCUAUCAAGAUCACCGUGGACGGGCCCAGAGAGCCCAGAAAUACAAGGCACAUCCAGCCAUCGCCGCCAUGGACCUACGACCAGUCCUACCCUUAUCUCGGCCAGAUAUCAGCACCCUCUGUUCACCCUGCAACUCCCAUCUCCCCCGGCCGGGCAAGCGGCAUGCCGACAAUCACAGCAGAAAUUUCCAGCAGGCUUUCAGGGGCGUCGGAUCUCACGGCAUUUGGGGACCCGAGAAUGGGGAUCGACCGCCAGUUCUCGACUCUCCCACCCCUCUCCGAUGGCCGCUUUCCAGAUCCCCGAAUGCACUACCCGGGGGCUUUUGCCUACACGCCUACUCCGGUGACCACCGGGAUAGGAAUCGGCAUGUCAGCCAUGACGACCGCGGCGCGCUAUCACACCUACCUGCCUCCCCCAUACCCGGGCUCCGCCCAGGGCCAGGCCGGGCCCUUCCAGACAAGCACCUCUCCCUAUCAUCUUUACUACGGCACCUCCACCGGCUCCUACCAGUUCUCCAUGAUGACCGGCGGAGAGAGGUCGCCUCCACGCAUAUUGCCCGCCUGCACUAACGCCUCCACGGGAUCCAGCCUCCUCAACCCAAACCUACCCAGUCAAAGCGACGCGGAUGGAAGCCACAGCAAUUCACCAACAAACAUCAGCACCACGGGGCGGCUAGAAGAAACCGUGUGGAGACCUUACUAACACCCCGCCCGGCUAGCAAGACCUUUCAUCGGCGAAUUUACCAAACAGACCCAAUGGGCAAGGCAAGAGCUUAGAUUGCGAAAGGGACAUCAUCGCGUUGAUUGGUUACCGUCCUUUUUAUUUUAUGUUGUUACCCAACUUGUUUCUCGUCUGCUGGCAUCUUUCGUCGCGCACCUUAUCGUGAAGCAAACGUUUUCAGUUUAUUUCAGCCGAUUUGACACUCGCCCAUGUCCUUUCGGCAUUAAAGAUAAACAGACUGAAGUCGCUCUCAGUCAGUGGAUUGGAGCAAAUUUGAACUGCAGAGAAUUUCCGUGUCAAAACCUGACGUUAACAUCAGUUAGUGGUUUUUUGUUUUGUCUACUAACCCGCCACAUUUGGACAGGCAGGCACUGCUACACACGGGCCAGGAGCACUCACGUGAAAGUGUAUUUUUGUAUUUUUUCCAAACAUCUUUGUGUGUUUUUUUAACUAAACGUUAACAACACCGGCCUUCUCUGGGUCCCAAAUACCUCCAGGUUAUUUGGGAGAGCAGAGUUCGAACACUCAAUGCCUUGAAACACGCCCUUCUCAUCGAGGGAAGAGAAAAAACACACUCACAUUUAUUUGAUCUAUGAUCGGAUAGCGGUUGCUUCGUGCCUGUUUGAUACAGAGCGGACUUACCUAAGUGAGGUGGAGAGGGGAGGAAAUGGAUUGGGGGUCUUGUACCUUGCUCGACCGUUCACAGGUUGAGGCUGUGUUUAUGCUAAACCAAGAGACGCCGAUGUCAGUAGCUUUUCUUCCUCGGCCGGCAGUUCCCCCAAAGAGGCACUGCAUGCAAAUAUUGAGCUCUGCUCGUUCGCACCACAAAUGGUCUAAAAACUACCGAUGGAGUCGAGUAAAUAACAUUUCCAGAUGGUCCCCGACCGAACCACAGUCGAUCUGUUGAGUUUGCAGACGUGAACACGAAAUGGGGGAAAGAUGGACAGAUAACAUUGCAACAUCAACAAGUUCCAGGUGCGCCAGAAACUAGAGGACAGACAUCCCUGAACCACGCACAUUCUGGGAGUCAACUUCCAAAACAAAAGGUCGCGGCUUUUAUAGAUAUCGGUUGAAUGUUAUUUAAUUUGCAUUGUGAGUAUCGUUUCAUUUGCUGGUCAACACAGAGAGAGAGAAAAAAAAGAUGAUGGCAAAGCGGGACUUUAAAUCAGUGUUUCAAAGAGUGGAACACGAUUGCGAAGAGGAAGAUGUUGGGCUGCAGGCAGCAAAUUAGCUGGAUUUGUUAUUUAAAGCUUGGGUUUCCAAGAAUUCCUUGUUUGUUCUUUAAAACAAUAUCAAAGGAGCACCUGUGUCUAUUUGCUACCUUACAGAAUUAAAAUAUGUCAGCUGUCUUUUACGUGUGUGCAGUGUGCUGUCGCACGAAUGGACCAUUUACCCGAUUCUGAUGAACUAUAAAUAGUAUCACUUUCUCGAGUCAAGCUUAUUAUUGUACUUACAUUUGUAAAUAAGCAAGAGUUUUUUUUUUAAAAACCUCCCAGCACCUCAUUGCUAGUAAAUAUACAGACAUCAUCACUCCGCUUCACACUGCUCUCAAGUGUCUCAUUUUUGGUCAAAUAAUUUUUUCAAUAGCCAUUCGCAAAACUCUAUAGUUUUUUUAAUUCUUGUUGUUUUCCGAAUCUAGAUACUGUGGGUGUAACAUCACACGCAUUGUGAAAAUCUCUUCCCUGAUCACUGCAAAUCACCCAUUAGAUGCCUUUCCUUUCAGCUCAGCAGAUGCCUACCGCGGUAAAUGAUAUCCAGAGCGGCUGGACUGCUGCAGGUUUUCUGAUGAACAUUCAUACUCUUUGUACCAAAGUUUCUUGAACGAUUUAAUAGUUCUGUGGCUGGCUAAUAAAUUAGUUUGUUGGACAAGUA